GCGGAGGUUCGCACGCGGGGAAGGGCGGGUGCGCGCCGCGGGCAUGCGCCGUGCGGGGCGAGACGGCGGCUCGGCGGGGUCAUCCAGGCGCAGGCGCAGUGCGGUGUUUGUCUGCCGGACUGACGGGCGGCCGGGCGGUGCGCGGCGGCGGUGGCGGCGGGGAAGAUGGCGGCGUCCUCCCUGGAGCAGAAGCUGUCCCGCCUGGAAGCAAAGCUGAAGCAGGAGAACCGGGAGGCCCGGCGGAGGAUCGACCUCAACCUGGAUAUCAGCCCCCAGCGGCCCAGGCCCAUUAUUGUGAUCACUCUAAGCCCUGCUCCUGCCCCGUCCCAGCGAGCAGCCCUGCAGCUCCCGCUGGCCAAUGAUGGGGGCAGCCGUUCGCCAUCCUCAGAGAGCUCCCCGCAGCACCCCACGCCCCCCGCCCGGCCCCGCCACAUGCUGGGGCUCCCGUCAACCCUGUUCACACCCCGAAGCAUGGAGAGCAUUGAGAUUGACCAGAAGCUGCAGGAGAUCAUGAAGCAGACGGGCUACCUGACCAUCGGGGGCCAGCGCUACCAGGCAGAAAUCAACGACCUGGAGAACUUGGGCGAGAUGGGCAGCGGCACCUGCGGCCAGGUGUGGAAGAUGCGCUUCCGGAAGACCGGCCACGUCAUUGCCGUUAAGCAAAUGCGGCGCUCGGGGAACAAGGAGGAGAACAAGCGUAUCCUCAUGGACCUGGAUGUGGUGCUCAAGAGCCAUGACUGCCCCUACAUUGUGCAGUGCUUUGGGACGUUUAUCACCAACACGGACGUCUUCAUCGCCAUGGAGCUCAUGGGCACCUGCGCCGAGAAACUCAAGAAGCGGAUGCAGGGCCCCAUCCCCGAGCGCAUCCUGGGCAAGAUGACAGUGGCGAUUGUGAAGGCGCUGUACUACCUGAAGGAGAAGCACGGUGUCAUCCACCGCGACGUCAAGCCCUCCAAUAUCCUGCUGGACGAGCGGGGCCAGAUCAAGCUCUGCGACUUCGGCAUCAGUGGCCGCCUGGUGGACUCCAAAGCCAAGACGCGGAGCGCCGGCUGCGCAGCCUACAUGGCGCCCGAGCGCAUUGACCCCCCAGACCCCACCAAGCCAGACUAUGACAUCCGGGCUGAUGUAUGGAGCCUAGGCAUCUCGUUGGUGGAGCUGGCAACAGGACAGUUUCCCUACAAGAACUGCAAGACGGACUUUGAGGUCCUCACCAAAGUCCUACAGGAAGAGCCCCCGCUUCUGCCCGGACACAUGGGCUUCUCGGGGGACUUCCAGUCCUUCGUCAAAGACUGCCUUACUAAAGAUCACAGGAAGAGACCAAAGUAUAAUAAGCUACUUGAACACAGCUUCAUCAAGCGCUAUGAGACGCUGGAGGUGGACGUGGCGUCCUGGUUCAAGGAUGUCAUGGCGAAGACUGAGUCACCGCGGACUAGCGGCGUCCUGAGCCAGCCCCACCUGCCCUUCUUCAGGUAGCUGCUUGGCGGCGGCCAGCCCCACAGGGGGCCGGGGCAUGGCCACAGGCCCACCUCCCCACUUGGCCACCCAGCUGCCUGUCAGGGGAGACCUGGGACCUGGACGGCCACCGAGGGCUGAGGACAGAGAGUGGGGGGUGCCCACCCACCCCCCGCCCCGGGCCUACCAGGCCCCCGCCCUUCCCACCCCGGGGUAAGCCGGCCGUGUGCGCCCCCCGACAGACACUGUGAACGGAAGACAGCAGGCCACGAACAGAGUCGCUGUUCAUUCAGCCACAGCCUCUGGGCCGGGGCGGCCCCCAGGGGCCGGGAGAGAGCCCCUGAGUCCCGCAGCCACCACGCUCCCAGCGUGCUGUGCCCUUCGCCACUCCCACGCACCUGUUCCUCCUCCGUCACCCUCUGUUCCCUACUCUACCUCUCUGUCCUUGUCUGGCUCUCCCGUCACCCUCCCUGCCUCUGUCUCCUGGCCUGAGCCUGGGCCCAGCCACCUCCUGACAGGUCCCCUGGGUCUGCGUAGGUCUCCCGUGGCGCAGUGAGUCAGUGGCCCCAGCCAGGCGGUGUGGGCAUUGCCACUGCUGCCAGAUGGGGCUGCGCGUGCUCUCUCUCUCUCUCUCUCUCUUUGAUCUCAGGGGGUCCUUUUUGGAGUUUAGUGUAUUUUAUUGUACUUGGUGGGGUGUUUGGGGUGGUGGGAGGAGAGCUCGUUCUCGUGGGGUUUGUCGGUACCUUCAGAAACUUUUUACCAAAGUCACGUUUAGCUGCUUGUCGUGUGGCCCCAACUGCCCUCGGGCACUGGGGGGCUGGGCUGGGGCCGCUGCUCUGGGGUCUCCGGGAGCCACAGUUUGGGGGUGAGUUGAAGACCUCAGGGGGUGCGGAAGGGUCUGCGGGGCCCUCACUGCACAGGAUGGCCUUCAGGGAAGGUGGGCAUGGGGCAUGGCGCAGAGCAGGUGACCGGAGGAAGUCGGUGACAGAGCGGGGCCAAGGGAGGGGUCCGGAGGGAGUCCGGGAUCGAGGGCAGAGGGAGUGGAUAUGGGGGUUUGAGGACGUAUGACAAGCUCCAGCAGGGGUGGGGGCCGGGCUGAGGGUGGGGGUGUGAGGCGGUCACCCCAUCGUGCCCUUGGCUGUUCCUCCACUCACCCACACCUGGCCCAGCCCACGUUGAGGUCCAGGACUGGGAAGGACCGGGUGUGUGCACCGGGGAUCCAGGCCAGGUGCCCCCUGGAGCCCGCUGGGGUGGCCAGAGCAGGAGGGGGUGUGUUUCCUUUUUGUGGGUGUUGCAUGCAAAUCAAGUGGACAAGAAAAAAUAACAAAACAAAAAACAAGAAAAAAAACCCCACAAAAUCCCGUAAAACCACAAAAAAACCAACACCAAAGGCGCGGAAGCCGGCUGGCUGUGGCGGGGGCAGCGUAGGUAGCAUCCCUCUCCUCUCACCUAGCCUGUUGACUCUUGUUACGAUAUUCACAAAACGCCG